CCCGGCCCCGCCCUGGGGCCGCCUCCCCGCGGGUUCCGUUGGCUGCGGCGGCAGCUGAGGCUGUGGCGGCGGCGGCCGCGGGGUGGGAGUAAGAUGGCGACAGCGGUGGCGGGAGCCCUGGGCCUGCUGUGGGGCUGGCUGUGGAGCGAACGCUUCUGGCUGCCCCAGAACGUGAGCUGGGCCGACCUUGAGGGGCCGGGCGACGGCUACGGCUACCCGCGGGCGCGGCACAUCCUCUCGGUGUUCCCGGUGGCGGCGGGCAUAUUCUCCGUGCGGCUUCUCUUCGAGCGGUUUAUUGCCAAACCCUGUGCACUCCAUGUUGGCAUCCAGGACAGUGAUCCUUAUCUGGCCCAACCCAAUGCCAUCCUUGAAAAGGUGUUCAUAUCUAUUACCAAGUAUCCUGAUGAGAAGAGGCUGGAGGGCCUGUCAAAGCAACUGGACUGGGAUGUCCGAAAAAUCCAAUGCUGGUUUCGUCAUCGGAGGAAUCAGGACAAGCCCCCAACGCUCACUAAAUUCUGUGAAAGCAUGUGGAGAUUCACUUUUUAUUUAUGUAUAUUCUGCUACGGAAUUAAAUUUCUCUGGUCGUCACCUUGGUUCUGGGACAUCCGACAGUGCUGGCAUAGCUAUCCAUAUCAGCCUCUCACAAGUGGGCUUUAUUACUAUUAUAUCAUGGAAUUGGCCUUCUAUUGGUCUCUUAUGUUUUCUCAGUUUAUAGAUAUUAAACGAAAGGACUUCCUGAUCAUGUUUGUGCAUCACUUGGCCACCAUUGGGCUUAUAACCUUCUCCUACAUCAACAACAUGGUUCGGGUGGGAACUCUGAUCAUGUGUUUACAUGAUGCCUCAGACUUCUUACUGGAGGCAGCCAAACUGGCCAAUUAUGCCAAAUACCAGCGUCUCUGUGACACCCUCUUUGUGAUCUUCAGUGCUGUUUUUGUGGUCACUCGUCUAGGAAUCUACCCAUUCUGGAUUCUGAACACGACCUUCUUUGAGAGUUGGGAAAUUAUCGGGCCUUAUCCCUCCUGGUGGCUCUUUAAUGGCCUUCUCCUGAUCCUACAGUUUCUACAUGUCUUCUGGUCCUACCUAAUUGUGCGAAUUGCUUUUAAAGCUUUGAUCCGAGGAAAGGUGACCUAUCCAGGAAGGAUUAGACCCAGACUCUGUACUCUCCACUCUUUUCUCACCUCCUUCCUUUUUUCUAUGCCUGGUGGGAGCUGGACAGUUUCAUCUCUUGCAUGUGUCUAAGGAUGACCGCAGUGAUGUGGAAAGCAGCUCAGAGGAAGAAGAUAUGGCCACCAACAUGAAAAGCCCCUGUGGCAGCAGCUCCAGCAAUGGUGCCAAUCGGGUGAAUGGUCACAUGGGAAGCAGCUACUGGGCUGAAGAGUAAGGUGGUUGGUGUGGAAACUACAGCACACAUGGAUUUGUAGGGCCACUGGCAACGCACUCCUCUUGGGCCUCCCCACAUCUACGUGCUUGUGACUAGGGGUCUGCAGGGCACUGAGGAGAAUCAAAGAAGCAGAUAUUUUCACUUUUUAAAAAAACUCUGCCAUUUUGUAUUUAA